AUGAAAGAAACCAAGUUAGACCAAGAAAGUGCGAGAAAAUCCAAGAACAUGGAUUCCAGAAUGACGUUCGAAUUCUCUAACCCGCCAGUAAUAACGGCAGAUUGCCAGUUAAGAAAGGUGAUCAAAGAUAAGAAAAAGAAAAGUUAUACUAUCGAAGAGGUGGAGAACGUUUACAAAUCUAUAAAGGCGCCAAAAUCUGGAUUCUCGAAAUACUUAGCUUCAAUUUAUGCCGACAAAGUGACCUUCAAAGCUACUGAGAAGGGGAGAAGGAUAAGGCCGAUCAAGUACACCGAUAUUGAGCAAAUUAUCCAGGUACCAGAAGAUCUACAGUCUUUUCUAAUCCAUGUUCCCAAAUCCAAAAAAGUCAGAGCAUUUACCGCUCUCUUUACAUGGCUUGACCCUCAAAUGUCUGAACGAUUUGAAAACGCUGUUCGUCAAGCUGAUAGAUCCGUAGUCAAGGCUCCACACGAAGACAAUGGCGCAAAUGCAAAAAAAAGAAAUAUGAAUUCAAAUUCCAAUGCACCAAACGCCACUUAUAAUAAUUUCUCGGUUCCUCAAUUUCAAACUGAUCCUCACUUUGUCACCUCCUCAUCCUCUUCCGUAUAUGAUGCAAGAGAUUCGAGUUCUGACAUCAUACGAGUACGCAAACGCGUAUCAGAGACAUAUACUCAUUAUUGCCCAAAUCAAGCACCUUGUCGUAAUGCCGAAAAGGGUGGAUAUUGCAACACAUCUACUUCCAGUGGAUCUACUAGCUCAAGUGACAGUUCCUUUGAUGGAGACUCAGACGAUUCGGAUUGCAUCUGCCGUGACAAGGAUUCCGUAUUUUACGGAGAGAGGAUGUCGCCGAAGUCGCAGUACAUCGAUCGACUCCUGAGAGCUACUGUGCAAAUGCGUAAAGAAAAUCGCGAGUUUUAA